AUGGCUCGAGGAUCAAAUCCGUUCUCAGCUUCGACCUCAUCUGGAACAAAAUCGAAGCCUAAAUCCACAGCGAAGGCUAAACGAAGGCUUGAUCCAUCGAACGCUUACACCUACCUACCUUCCCUUCCAAAGCAUCAUCGAACCUCAACCGCUCAAUUGUCUCUAUCCAAGGAUGAACGAGAACUUGCUGGUCCAUCUAGAAGGAGAGGCGACGACUCUGAUGACGAAGAUGAGGAUAUGCAAGCUAGAAUCAAGAAAGUAGCAAUGAUGAUAGCUGAUGAUAACCCUCAAGCUGUAGAGAGUGAUGAGUCAGAUAUCGAUUCAGACGAAGCUUUCGGCUCAGAUGGAAGUGACGAGGAGAGAUGGGGUGAUGUUUUUAGGCAGCUGGAUAAAGGUAAAGGGAAGAAAGGGAAAUCAAAGGCUCAAGAAGUAGUCAGAAAGCCUGCGAAGCCUCUCACAGUCAACUUGGAUGAAAGUGAAGAUGAAAAAGUAUCUGAAUCCAAGGCGAAAGGCAAGAAGGCCGCCAAAGCACCUUCGCCAAUCAGCGAAGAAGAAGGUGAUGACAUGGAGGAGAUAAGCGGUGAAGACGAAGACCUUGAUGUCGAUAGUGAGGAGGACAUCUCAUUGAACGGUGAGGAAGACCAGGACGCAGACGAGGAUGAGGACAAUUCAGAUGAAGAAGAAGAGGAUGAAGACGAAGACGAAGAUGGCGAUCUUGACUUCCUGAGUGACUUGUCAGAUGACGAAGAAGAUCCUGAAGAUUUGGAUGGUCUCGAUGCCUUUGUCGAUUCACUCGCUGCUACCGACAAAAAAAGAAAGGCGGGCGAAGAGAAAGUGACCGGUGAAGCGGCCAAGAAACGACGGGUUUUGCCUGUCAUCUCUGGACCAGGAUUGAAAGAGAAUGGCGAUCUUGCGUUGAAGAACAACCAAAAGCUUGAUCUCUCAUCUUUGAUAUCAUCCCAUCCUUCACUUUCUGGUGCAUCAGCGCUUCUCCCUUCAAAAUCCGAUAAGAAGACAUCAACGUCUAUACUAAAACAAGGAUUAGUUUCCGCACCUCUACCCACCGUAGCACAAGAUCGUCUGGAUCGAGAAGCAGCUUAUGAGAAGACCAGAGAAGAAGGUCAGAAAUGGGCUGGAGUGAUGAAGCGUGUCAAAGAGGCUGAACACUUGUCGUUCCCUCUCCAAGGUGAUCGACGUGGUGGCGUGAAAUCCGGUAACGAGGUCCUAGCCGGAUUCAAACCCGAAAACAAGCUUGAAUCUGCUGUUACUGCGUUGCUCAACAAAGCCAAUUUGACGGAAGACAAUCUGACAAAACGGGAGGAUUUAGCAUUGGAAGCUCAAGAGAUGAGUUUGGAGGAGAUCAAGGAGAGAAGGGAUGCCUUGCGAUAUCAAAGAGAAUUGAUGUUUAGAGCGGAAUCCAAAGCCAAGCGUGUGGCUAAAAUCAAGAGUAAAACGUUCCGGAAGCUCGCUCGUAAGAGAGCUGCUAAGGAAAAUCCAGGAUUGGACUUGGAACAAUUGGAAAAAUUAGACCCCGAAGCCGCUGCUGAGGAGAGGGAGAAACUCGAGUUCUUAAGAGCAAGAGAAAGAGCUACUUUACGACAUGGAGCUAAAUCAGGUAGAUGGGCAAGGGAUACUGGAGGUGAUGGAGCAGAAAUAGAAGAUCGAAGAAGGGCAAAAGAGGAAAUGCUAAACAUGAAAGAAAAACUUCAAAGGAAAAUCCUGGGUCAAGCGGAUGGAUCCGAUUCAGAAUCCGAUUCUGACGAAGAGGAAGGUGAUGAUGAAACCGCUAUCAAAACUAGGGCAUUCGACCAAUUAGCAUCUUUAGACGCUCAAAAUGCUGCCAAUGAAGAGCUUAACGGUAAAGCUGGGAAAGGACUCAUGCAAAUGGCGUUUAUGAAGAAAGCUCAAGAUAGAGAAAUGAAGAAAGUUGCACAAGAAGAAUCAGAUCUGAGAAAAGAAAUUGAGAUGUUUGGCGACGAAAGAGAAAGUGAUGUUGAUAUAGAUUCGGAUGAAGAAGACCGACCCAGCAUGAUGAGGGUUGGCGGUAAUGAGGGUAGAAUGGUAUUCUCCGGACCUGAACCAAGUUCAUCAACCCCUCAAGAUGAUGACAUCAGUGAACCCACUCGAAUAUCUCGACCAUCAGCACUGUCUAAACCUCGUGAAGCCACUCCACCUUCCGAUGAACCAUUCGCCGACCAUAAUCCAUGGCUAACAAACACAACUUCAGCUGGACCAUCGAGGAAACGUAAUACUCUGGUCGGAUCAGUCAAUGCUAAAGCAGAAGAGAAGGUGACUAGAGCUAUGAAGAAAGCCGUGAAAGGUAAAGAAGCAGAACUAGACGAUGAAAAAGUGGAAAUCACUAUCGAGGGAAAACCUUCCGCUACCAAAUUGAACAACGGUAAUGAUAAGAACGAGGAAGACAGCGAUAGUGAAAACGAGGAACUCAUGCCUAUAGCUGGAAAAGGUGUCAAAGCAUUCAAACAGCGCGAUUUGGUCGCCGAGGCUUUCGCAGGGGAUAAUGUCGUCGAGGAAUUUACAAGAGAGAAAGAAAGGCAAGUUGAGAUGGACGCUCCCAAAGUCGAGGAUACUUCAUUACCUGGUUGGGGAGCAUGGGGAGGUAAAGGCUCACGCAAGAACAAACGAGUAAAUCCUAAGUUCUUAGUCAAAACAGCAGGUAUCGAACCUACUCAAAGAAAGGAUUUCUCGAGAUCAAACGUUAUCAUAACAGAAAAGAAGGACAAGAAAGCUUCAGCAUUCUUGUUACAAGAUUUGCCUUAUCCAUACACGUCGAAAGAACAAUAUGAAAAGAGUUUCGCUACUCCUGUGGGAAGUGAAUGGAACUCAAGAAGUGGUUUCCAGAAAGGUACUGUACCGAGAGUGGUCAAAAAGCCGGGUGCAAUUAUCGAACCUAUCAGAAGAAUGUUCUGA